UCACUCCUCGUGGACUCCUACAUCCUCUCCUGGGCCUCCCACUCUGCCGGGCUGGUGUGAACAGGCUGUUCAUGGUCACAUCACUCCUCGUGGACUCCUACAUCCUCUCCUGGGCCUCCCACUCUGCCGGGCUGGUGUGAACUGUCUGCUCACGGUCACAUCACUCCUCACGUACUCCUACAUCCUCUCCUGGGCACCCUUGCUCUCAGGAAGGCCCCUGAGUGAUGGCAUGGGGCAGGUUCUCGAAAGCAGCAAGAGAUGACCAUCAGAUAGUAAAGGUCUUGAAGUGGGUGAGGGCCCAGGGCCCCAGGCUGGGCAGUCAUAAGUCAGGACUGGUAGUGGUGGGUUGUUAACUGGGGAAGUUCUGAACAGAGGAAUGUGUUUGAUCAGAGAGUAUUCUUGGUUUAUUGACUCUGCCCUAGUGAAAGUGAAAGAAAAUUUAUGAUAUCAUGAAAACAAAGGACACAGGCACAGUGGUUCAGGCAGGGGAUUUCCAGCUCAGCUCUUAUAUAAGCUGGAUGCAAGUCCUUUUCCUCAGCCUCCUUUGUCUGCUCCCUUGAUUGUAAACAUGGCAUCCAGUGCUUCCUGCCUCUGUGUGAAGGUCUAUUCUGAGGAAGGGACAUCAAUGACCUUCACUGCUAACGUGAAUGACAGAGUGAAGAAGAUCAAUGAACACAUCCGGGCUAAGACCAAGGUUCCCGUGCAAGACCAGGUCCUUUUGAUGGACUCCAAGACUCUAAAGCCCCAGAGGAAGCUGUCAUCUUACGGCAUUGACAAGGAGACGACCAUCCACCUCACUCUGAAGGUGGUGAAGCCCAGUGAUGAGGAGCUGCCCUUGUUUCUGGUGGAGUCAGGUGAUGAGGGGCAGAGGCACCUCCUCCAGGUGCGAAGGUCCAGCUCAGUGGCCCAGGUGAAACAGAUGAUAGAGACCAAGACUGCUACCAUGCCUGAGAAACAGAUUGUGACUUGCAACGGCAAGAGGCUGGAAGAUGGGAAGACCAUGGCAGAUUAUGGCAUCAGAGGGGGCAAUUUACUCUUCCUGACAGCCCACUGCAUUGGGGGGUGAGCCUGCCAGGAAUGGGUGAUAUUAGGAGCAAAAGAGCUUACUGUUAGCUCUUAAUCCACCCACAUCCUUUGAUGAUUUCCCCAAAUUAACGAGAAAGAUAAAUAGAGAAAAUUAGGGGUGAAGUGGGGUGGAAGACUGCAGAGAACUUUCUAACUCCAUGAUUUUUUGAUCUAACAUAAUUGAUGAGGUGGCUGGAUUGUGUAUAUUACUGAAAACAGAAAAUAACAUUUUAAGGCACAGGAGAGAUAGCAUCAAAGCCAGCUUGCAAUUUAAUCCUUUCCUGGUUCCCUCUGAUUUUUAGAAAAAUUCCUAUUUCUUCUUCUGUCCAACAAGAUAGCAAGUUUUACACUGGGAUCCAUGUUCCCCUAAUUUCUGUGUUUACACCGAUAUAUUUCAUCUGUAAUAUCACUCAGUAUGUUGAAUCAAAUUGAAUUUCUGCUUAUAGAGAACAGUGAAAUGAUUUAUAUUGAAGUGAGUUAAUUUCUCUGAUAUGAUUAUAAUCUAAUUAACAAAGACUUUAGAAAUUCAACUAAA